AUGACACCUCCAGCCAUUAUAGCACCCUCGAUCCUAUCCGCAGAUUUUGCAAAUCUCGGUGCGGAAUGCUCCAGUCUGAUUAAAGCCCAGAGCGACUGGAUCCAUGUCGACAUCAUGGAUGGUCAUUUCGUUCCUAAUAUUACCUUUGGGGCGCCGGUUGUUUCGAAGAUCCGGGCACACGUUGAUCGCCCUCCGGUUGCUGGCAAGAAAGGCACGUUUGAUUGCCAUAUGAUGAUUGCCGAGCCACAAAGAUGGGUUAAAGAUUUCAAAGAUGCAGGCUGCGACCUUUACUGCUUUCACUGGGAGGCAGCGACGUCAUCCACUGCCGCCAAAACACCGGCUGAUAAAGAAACAACACGGAAAACGAGCCCGAAGGAAUUGAUUCGCUACAUCCAUGACAUGGGAAUGCUGGCUGGGAUUGCGCUCAAACCGGCCACCUCUGUCGACGUGCUGUGGGAGAUAUUAGAAAACCCAGUGGAAACUGAACGACCAGAUAUGGUCUUGAUAAUGACUGUUGAACCCGGGUUUGGAGGCCAAAAGUUCAUGGCUUCGGAGCUUCCCAAAGUCCAAGCUUUAAGAAAGAAAUACCCGGAAAUGAAUAUUGAAGUAGAUGGUGGGCUCGGCCUAGGAACCAUUGACCAAGCUGCCAAUGCAGGUGCGAAUGUUAUUGUGGCCGGUUCUGCAGUCUUUGGCGCAAAAGAUCCAGCAGAAGUCAUUGCAAAAUUACGAGAAGCUGUGGAAAAGAGGAGGGGUUGUUGA